AUGGAGGCGCCAAGCCAGCAGGGAGGUGUGGCCACCCUGGACCAGCUCAAGGAAAUGUUCUCCCUCUUCGACAAGGAUGGUGACGGCACCAUCACCGUAGAUGAGCUGGAGUCGGUGAUGCAGUCCAUGGGCCAGAACCCGAACAAAAAGGAGCUCGAGGAGAUGAUGAACGAGGUGGACACCGAUCACAACGGCUACAUUGACUGCGACGAGUUCGUGCAGCUCAUGCAGAAGCAAACGUCGCACAGCAGCGAAGAAGAGGCCCUCGGGGCCUGGAAGCUGUUCAACAAGAAGGGCAGAGACGUCAUCUCCGCAGCCGAUUUCCGGGAAGUGAUGACGAAGCUCGGAGACACGCCACUCACGCACGAGGAGGUGGAUGACAUGCUGCGGACAUCGGGCGUGCGCGGUGACGGCGAGAUCACGCUGGAAGAGUUCAAGACGAUGCUCCUAAACAACAACUGA